UAGUGUAGGCCUGGACUAGCUUAUGAUCCAGGAUGAUAUUAUCUGAAAUUUUCCUGCCUGGUAUAAACCAUGAUUGUGCCUCACAAAUAAUAUUAGGCAUCACCUUUUGUAGGCUUGAAGCUAAUAUUUUUGAGAUUAUUUUAUGCAAAAUAGCACAACAUGCAAUUGGUAUAUAUUGUCAUGCAUCGCGAUCGCUGUUUGGACAUCGUGUCCGCAAGGAAGAGAUUUAUGGGCAUGGCUGGUUGGCCUUCACGAUCGCAAGGCUUUUUCUGCGAUCACGAAGAGGAAGGAUUUGGGCAGAACAUGGAUUUAAUUCGGAACUUAGCUCAUUUCUCUCAUUUUUCACUUGGGUUGGCCGACUUUGGAAGCUCUUGGAGGGGAGAUUUUCGUCAUCUAUUGAAAGGUAUAUCUCUGAUGGUCAUUUGGUGCAAGGGCGCAACUAUUGAGGGGACUUUAAGGUGAGCUGCAUUCCAGGAUACGAUCCGCAGCACACGCAGUCUCCAUCAUGUUCUUUUAUGUUAUCCUAUCUAUUUACAUUCUAGACAGAUAUUGUAUUAUUAUUGUAUUUCCUAGUAGAUGCUCAUGCACUUGCGACACCGGGUUUUAGGAUAUUCUAGUAGAUGUUAAUACUUUUGCAUAAAUAU